AAAAAAACCUCGAACUCGAAGAAAAAGUGUCGGGCGUACCUCCACUUUACUCGAGCGACUGUUUCAGUUCCUGCGGGUAGCGGCGAAGUAAACUUCUCCAAGGGGGGGCGGAAGUGACUUUGUCGAUAAGGGUUGGUGUUGUGAUUUUAUAUUUGUUCGUAAAUUUGCUAUUUAUUUCUUUACUAUUCUGUGUAUACCGCAAAUCCUGAAAUAUGCUCGAUCUAAGUAAAAGCCUGGCGUCCUUCUAUCCCGCCUACGUGCUGGCCAUCGUCUCCAUAGGCUACAUCUGCGGCGAGUUGGGGCACUACCUGAUAGGCGUCACCAGCAAAGCCAUAGCGGAGGACCUCCACUUCGGGGACAUCGCUUGCCAGCUCAAUCUAACGGACGUUUAUCUUAGCGAUUUGCCGGUAAAAUGUUCCGAAGCUAAUAGUUCAGAAGUCUGCGCCACCUUCACUCUGAACGGAACAAGAUAUUGCGAAUGGACGUAUAAUGGAUUGGGGAUAGAUUAUCAAGUACUUGCUGGUCCAAGUUUCAUAGCCGUUUUUACUAUAGUGGGAGUAGUCAUGGGGUUCCUUGCUGAUAAAUUUCACAGGGUGAGACUGUUGAGCAUUUGUACAGUAGUAUUCGGCGUAGCUAUAGUCAUCAGCGGCGGUGUUAAAGAAUUCUGGCAACUAGUAUUGCUGCGUAUGAUAAUGGCAGCGGGCGAAUCUGGAUGCAAUCCUCUAGCCACAGGAAUCCUAUCAGACAUAUUCCCCGAAGAGAAAAGAGCCCUGGUUAUGUCCGUUUUCAACUGGGGAAUAUACGGUGGUUAUGGUAUCGCGUUUCCCGUGGGUAGGUACAUUCCCCCGUUGGACGCUUGGGGUCUGAGCUGGAGGGUGACUUACUACGGUGCCGGAAUCGUGGCAAUAAUACUCGCUCUGUUGACGUGGCUCACUCUGAAGGAACCAGAGAGAAAGUCUAUCGGCGAAGACGCGAACCAGACUGAUGCGAAGAAAAUCACCAUUUGGAACGUGAUCGCCGAUCCUCGGGUGAUACUGCUGUGUCUGGCCGCUUCGAUCAGACACUGCGGUGGGAUGUGCUUCGCUUACAAUUGCGAUUUGUAUUAUCAAACUUACUUCCCUGAUUACGAUUUAGGUUGGUGGCUAUUCGCUGUGACUAUAGUCAUAGGGUCGAUUGGAGUGGUCGUCGGCGGCAUAGUAUCAGACAAAAUCGUGGCCAAAAUGGGCAUCCGCUCGCGAUGCGUCGUCUUGGCAGUGAGUCAAAUCGUCGCGACGCCUUUCGCGUUCGGAAGCGUCUACUUCGCCCCCGUGGGAGCCAUGAUAACGUUAGGAAUUUCAUAUUUCUUCGCCGAAAUGUGGUUUGGAAUUCUGUUCGCUAUGGUGGUGGAAAUCGUGCCGUUGCACGUGCGAUCCACGACGAUCGGGGUGUUUCUUUUCGUCAUGAAUAAUAUCGGGGGAAACCUUCCCAUCGCCGUCGAGCCGGUUUCCAAGCAAAUCGGAUAUAGGGAGAGCUUGUACGUUUUUUACGUAGGAGCUUACGCUUGCAGUUCUAUACUAUUUUUGCUCACUACUUUCCUGAUGGACGGACAGAAGCCAGCUCAGCCUGCUCAGCCCGCUCCGCAGAAGGAGCUGAGAGGUCACGAUAACGUAACGUUUACAGGUGACGAUACGAAUUUACCAACAAUAACGGCGCUGGUGAGGAAUGCCAAGAGAACCGAAAACGAAAACCAUCGACUGUAGAUACAAACUAGUUUAGUUAUGUAAAUAAUUGUAAAUAAACUGUGAUUAAAGGAAAAUAGGUAUUAAUAACAUGCCGAGAUGAUCAAUUUAAGGUACUUGUAAUAUUUAAUUUUAACAUUGCAAAAAUUCACUUAUGAGUAAAAAAUUUGGUCACAUUUAAACACUUUUUAAUACAUUGCUAAAUUAGACUAUAAUGUAAAAAUUGGUCAAAAUGCUCAGUGAUUUUAGUUACAUGAAUGAGCCCACAGUCUGCCUCUCAAUGACAAAGUUUUUGAAUGUACUUUUUAGUAUUUAUAAAAUUCGUGUUAUAUACACCCAAACUGUCACCAAUCUCAUCGAAUAAAAUAUACCUAAAUAUUAAAAACUAGGUAGGUACUUAAAAUGUUAUAACAGUUUUAAUACAUUUUCUCUGUGUGAUUUUUUUAGUUUUAUUA